AUGCAACGCCACAAUUCAACAUUCGGGGAUACCGCCGCGAAUCCACGCCUGCCCAGUGUGAAUGUGCCCAUAGAGGUGGACGUCGAGCUCACCGUGUCGAGAUGUUUACACGGCGCGAAGGCCAUCGACGGGAACUUAAAAACCGAACACCAGGGCAUCUGCCGCGGCCUCUUCGGUGUCAUCGUGAUUGUUCAUCUACCGCAUAAGCGCGGUGUCCCCAACGGCUGUACGCGUGGGCCUCACGUGAGGUCGUUGAUCGGCCAACUCGGCACCCUCUAUACCCUCGCGCAUAUCACCAACCCUUCGUCCCCCAAGGCGGCCAACGUGGCGCUUGCCCAGCAACUCGGUAGGAAGGGCAAGACUAUGCCAGCCAUCACGAUUUUCGGCUUUGACACCAACCGCGCCCCCGAGAAGUCAAGGGCCGGACGUGGCGGAUCCAAGUUAGGCGCGGCCCAAUGA